AAGUUGGUCCUAGGCCUAGGGGGAACAUUUUGUAGGGGUUGGCAACCCCGGUAGCAGCUUAAUAAUUAAUUAAUUAAUAUUUAAUUGUGGAGACUAGAAACAAAAUGUUUGUUUGUUAGUAAUAUCUAAUUAUAAACAUAUUUUAAUUGUGAAAGACUGCCAUCUGUUCAAAUAUUAUAUGAAUGUAGUCUGAAGAGAAGUUAGGUAUUUUACCUUUUUAAAUGUAUGACAUUAUUUAACCAACUCAAUAAGAUGUCCAAGAGUAUAGAUUAUGAUAAAGCUUUAGAAUACUGGGCUGAAAUCCCAGCUACAGUUGAUGGAGUGCUUGGUGGUUUUGGAUAUAUAUCAAAUAUGGAUAUAAUUGGUUCUACACAAUUCCUUAAUAAUCUCUUCUCACAAGAAAAUGGUCCUGGAAGACAAAUCGCACUCGAUUGUGGUGCUGGAAUUGGUAGAAUUACAAAACAUUUGUUAGCGCCCCAUUUUAAUGAAGUAGAUGUGAUUGAACCAGAUAAAAAGUUUCUAACUGAACUAUUGAAUUACGUGGGAGCAGAUAGUAAGAAAGUAGGAACUUUAUAUAACAGUAGCUUGCAAAAUUUUCAGCCAGAAAGAAAGUAUGAUGUUAUUUGGAAUCAAUGGGUCUUAGGCUAUUUAAAAAAUGAAGAUUUAGUGUCUUAUCUCAUUACUUGCAGAAAAUCUUUGACCAAAAAUGGAGUAAUCAUUGUUAAAGAAAAUGUAACAUCAUCGGGCUUUACAGAACCAGAUGAAGCAGACUCAUCAAUUACAAGAUGCUUAAAGCAAUAUAUCACAAUAUUUAAAAAAGCAAAUUUAAAAAGAAUUAAACAAUGUAAACAAACUAAUUUCCCAAAUGGAAUAUAUCCUGUUUACAUGUUUGCUCUUAUUCCAAACGAAGAUCAUAGUUCUGAUCAAUAAGGAAAAUAUUAGCAUUUUAUGAAUUCGGAAACAUGUGAAAGUUUUUAGAUUCUUUGCACUUUUAAGAAAGGUAAAAUGAAAUAAUGUUCAUAUUGAA